GAAAAUAUGAGUGGAAGUAGUGUUAAGAGAGAACUCCAUUGUGGGGAAAACAGUAGAUUUGUAGGCACCCAGGAAGGAUCAGUGGCAGCAAGAAUAGAGGGUGAUCACUCAAAUGAGAAGAAUGCAGCGGAUGGUGUUGCCCCCGUGUGGUGUUGCAUAUCGGGUGCCUAUACUGAGAAAAUUAAAGGGGAUGGAGGUUGUGAUUUACUAUAUUAUGUAGUGGGGAGCAUAUUACAUAGGAAAUUAACGAAUAAAGAAUCAUUUGAUAGUAUUAUGAAGGAAGUGCAUGAAAUACUGGAACCAUUUCUGAGUAAGAUGAACUGUAAAGAUUUGCCAAGUAACAAUGGGAAGAAAUUGUUCGAGUUAAUGGAAAAAUUGUCCUACUAUAAUUUGGAUCCGAGGAAUGUAUGGAAAGAAAAAGGGGGUUCCAAGGAAGUAAGUUGUGGGGGAUGUGCUAAUUAUUUAGAGGAACUUGCCGAAGCACUUAGAGAGGUAGAUGAAUAUUGUAAGGACACGUUGAAUAAGGACGAGUGUGAGGGAAUUGAGCGGGGAGAAAAUCAUCAGGGGAAUCCUGGGUAUGUGGCACAGUUGAUAGAUGACUUCAUUCCGAAACCUGAAGGUGCAGCAAUCACCGAAGAUGGGAUGCAGGGGAAGUGUUCGAUUAAAUUACCGUCAGAACUAGAACAUGGGGAAUUCGGUCAUUUGAGAAAUCAGUGUGAAGGUGGUAACGGAUAUUCUCCCGGAUUAAUGAAGGAAAUGUUAAGGAAAAUACUAGAUGGAUAUAGAUCUCCUUGGAACAGUGCCAAUCAAAUUAUAAGGGGUGCAUGUUAUGCACAUAGAACGGAGGGGGGCAUGGAGACGGACGAUAACCGCUGCAUUCCCCUAUAUUAUUAUAUAGGAAGUGUAAUAUCUACCGUACCUUCCAGUGUCUAUGAAUUCGCUUCACUUAUGAAGGCGACGUACAAUAAAUUGAAGAACUUGAAUGUUGGUAUUAAUGAGGUCUGCACUAAUAUAUACGAACACGACAACAUUGACAAAACCACCUUCGAUAACAUGAAAUUAAUAUAUGAUUAUACCAGGGACUAUAAAAUUAUAAAACAAUAUGCGCAAAUUCCCGAGGGCGGUGAAUCUUCAUGUAUUAAACACUAUUCCAGUUAUUUGGAAAAAGUUAUUUCAGCCUACAAAAAUAUGAGCGCAAAAUGCCCACCAGAGGGGGAAGAUAAAAAGAUUAAUAUUAAUAAACAAUGGUGUCGAAAUUUUAAGGACAUGGCCCAAAAACAUAGUCUUCAGGAACUGCAAGAAUUAAGAUGCUCCUUGAAUCCUACAUCCGAAUGUCCAACCACAAACAGUACCGCCGCAAUCACCGGCUCCGCCGUGGGUGGUACAUUAUUUACGUUAGGAUUACCAUUAGCUGCUUUUCUUUCUUACAAGUAUGAUCUUUUACCAUCUGGAGUACGUAAAUUCUUCUUUAGUGGCAGAAAUGGAACCAGAAUGAGAAGAACAGCAUUCGGACCGAAUUCUGACGCGGAAAUGGAAAAUUUCACUGAAUAUUACACAGAGAACAACUCAACAACAAUAGAUCCAACAGAAUAUUCCACAGUAGCAGGUUCAUCAUCUAAUUUAACAACAACUUCAACAGAGGACAGUUCUACUUUAUAUGAUGAAGAUGGACCAUCGCGAUCACCACCAUUACCGAGAAAAAAAAGGGGAGGAGGAAAUAAUCGAAGGGGCCAAAAUAUUAGUUAUCAUAGUAUGGAACGUUGA